CGUUGAGCCGGCGGAUUUCUCACCGCCGGUCUUGGCUUGCGAGUGCGUGCGUGUGCUUCGGUGAAGCCGUCGGGGAGGCGUGUGAAGGCGACCCCCUUCGCUUGACGGGACCAAGAAGGAACCCCGUAACGACGAUCAUGGCGGGAACGCGACAGUCUCUGCUUCUCUCGGACGAACAACGAGAAGAGCUCGGCGGACAGUUCGAAACGCUGAGCAAGGGCUUCGUGGAACUUUCGAGCCUGCGCGAUGCCCUGGCCACAGUGGGCUUCAAGCUCCCCCAGUGGAAAGUCCGUCAGAUGAUCGAGGACAUGGAGAGGCGCCGAGGCGCCCUGGCCGAACCCGGCCGCCUGUCCAUCGCCGAGUUCGAGCAGAUCUACGCCGAGCUGCGAGGCCAGGAAGUUUCGGCGGGCUUCAAGGCAAUGCUGUCCAAAAAGGACAAUGUACAGACACUGGGAGGCAUGUCCGAGGCCUCCAGCGAAGGCACCACACAUUCCGUUCGACACGAGGAACGAGCAGCCUUCUCCGACUGGAUCAACCGGAACCUCAGCUCUGACCCUGACUUGGCGCACCUGCUCCCCAUUCCGAUGCCCGGCGAGGCACUGUACGACCGCGUUAAGGACGGCAUCCUUCUCUGCAAGAUGAUCAACCACUCCUGCCCGGAGACGAUCGACGAGCGGGCGAUCAACAAGAAGGGCCUCACCGUCUACACGAAGCACGAGAACCUGACGCUCGCCCUGAGCUCGGCGCAGUCCAUCGGUUGCAGCAUAGUCAACAUUGACGCGCACGACCUGGCACGAGGCAAGCCUCACCUCGUGCUGGGCCUGCUCUGGCAGAUCAUCAAGAUCGGCCUCUUCAACCAGAUCACGCUGCAGCACUGCCCGGGUCUCGUGCAGCUCGUUCAGCCGGGAGAGGACAUGGCGCACUUGCUCCACCUCGCGCCCGAGGCCAUUCUGCUACGCUGGUGCAACUACCACCUCGAGCGGGCCGGCAGCAACCGCCGCCUGACCAACUUCACCUCGGACGUGCGCGACUCCGAGAUCUACACCAUCCUCCUGCGCCAGAUCGCUCCGGUCGGGUCGGGCGUCACUACCGAGGCGAUGCGCGAGCACGACCUCCUGCAGCGAGCCGAGGUCAUGCUUCAGCAGGCGGAUAAGAUCAAUUGCCGCUCCUUCUUGAGCCCGCAGGAUGUGGUGGACGGCGUGUACAAGCUGAACGUGGCUUUCGUGGCCAACCUAUUCAACAACCACCCGGCCCUGGACGUUCCCGAGGACGGCAACGCCUUGGAAGGUCUCGAGGGACUUGAGGAGACCCGCGAAGAGAAAACGUACCGCAACUGGAUCAACUCCAUGGGCGUGAACCCCUACGUGAACUGGCUUUACAGUGAUCUGGCCGACGGGCUUGUUAUCUUCCAGCUGUUCGAUGUGAUCCGGCCCGGAUUGGUGAACUGGACGCGUGUGCACCGCAGUUUCAGCCGGCUCAAGGGUUUCAUGGAGCGGCUGGAGAACUGCAACUACGCUGUCGAGCUGGGCCGAAAGCAGGGUUUCUCGCUGGUCGGUGUUGCCGGCCAGGAUCUCUUCGAGGGCAAUGCGACGCUCACGCUGGCGCUCGUCUGGCAGCUCAUGCGGGCCUACACCCUUUCGGUGCUCACGCAACUGGCCGACACUGGCCACCCCAUCGUGGAGCAGGAGAUCGUGCAGUGGACAAAUGGAAAGCUGAAGUCUGCUGGAAAGACUUCUCAAAUCCGGAACUUCCAAGACCCAUGCAUUUGUGAUGCACGCCCCAUUAUUGACCUGGUCGAUGCCAUCAACCCUGGAUGCAUCAACUAUGCUCAAGUCCUGAAUGCGACUAAUCAGGAGGAGCGCCUUGCAAACGCCAAGUACGCCAUCUCGAUGGCCCGCAAACAGGGUGCCCGUAUCUAUGCACUGCCAGAGGACAUCGCCGAAGGAAAGCACAAGAUGGUCAUGACCGUGUUUGCCUGCCUCAUGGCCAGGGACUACGUGCCUGGACAAAAACAGCAACAGCAGCAGCAGCAGCAGCAGCAAGACCAGGAUCGGCAACAGAAGCAGUAAAAAGUUGUGCCUGCCAACAUGUGCGACGUCACUGUGCUGUGUGCCGACACUUAUCAUCAUACAGGCCUUUUGUGGCCUUUGUUUCCCACAUGAGACUGUCUUAAGCCACACUGUCAUCAUUGCAUGAUCUUCCGACUCAGCAUGUCGACUUCAAAAGGCAAAGCGUAGCAGCGAUGUAGAGAGAGGCUCGACAUAUUUACCAUAGGCGCCAGGUGAUGCUGGCCUAGCCUUUCAACUUCGUAGUGUGAGCCGCACACCAUCAGUGGCUGAGGAGGCAACAUUUUGCUAAAGUUUACCAUAUCUAAACACACCAAACAGCUAUCAAAGGGAGGCAUUUCUACGGGCAUAUAAGAAAUGUCACGUGACAAAAUGUGAGAAGUCUUCGGAUACCUCUUUUAACACUUAAGAAUCCUUAUCUUCAUUUUAGUCAAUUUUCUUGUAUUUGGUGUUACAGAACUAGUACCCAAAAUGUUCGGGAAGCCACCUUGUGAAACGAUAAGGGCUUACGUUACAUUGAGCUGAGGUGUACAGUGCUGCAGCGAAAUCACCGUAAAUAAACCGCUUUAAAUUAGGUUCAUCUCACAAAAAUAAGAGCAGAAGUCAGUGCUGAAAUCAAAAACAAAAGUUGUUCUCUUAUUGAAAACAAGACGCCAACCUGUGAUGGAAGGUUAGUACUGCAGUCUUCACGCGUGCACAGCAGUAAUGGACUUUCAAGUGUAGUUGUCCCUUAACAAUACUUACGCUUCAGCCGUCGCUUAAACAGUCUAAUAAUCUUAAAGCUCAGUAGACGUUGUUGUGCAUUAGACUUCGCUUUUUUGUGAUUAAGACAGUUUUAUUGCUGUUGCCCUUUACUACAGGAUGUGGGGAACUUCAGUGCCAAUAGCACAGAUAUUACUCUCCAGAAUCACAUAACAUUGCUGAAAUGUGUUGUAUUCACUAUAUUUUUCCAUACCAACUGACAAGUGAUUUUGCAUUCCCUUAUGACUUCGUGUAUGCAAUGCAAAGACAUUUGAUUGACUACGAGAGGAUUGUUGGCUUUUAUGACCAGGAGUGCCUGAUGAUCGUGCACUUUAACCUGAAUUUUCUUCGCAGCACUCUGUAGAAAUGGGCGUAUAAGAUAGACAAGAAGUGCUUUCACUUGCUAAGGUGCUUCAGUGGUACGAAGUGCAUUCGAGGCUAGGAAGUGGCAAUUAGCCGAAAAUAUUGUUCUAAAAGUGAGAAAAAUGAGCUAGAGAACAGGGUCUUGCAAUCACGAUGCCCUAUUCUAUUUGUCACUCUAUAAAGGCAUAUGUGUAUAAUGUACAUAAUCUUCCUUUGUUCUAAUCUGCCGUGUAAUAUUGUGUUUGUAACAUUUCCAUGACCUCAUUGUGUUACCAUGUCUUGUUUUGAUUUUGCAUGGAAUAAGAUUGAUGUAUUAUUUACACCGCUGUUGACUCCAAGUGUAAUUUUUGUUGCACUUUAUAUGAGUGCACUGCGCUGUUAUGACUUAUUAGCCCUCAUUGAAUCAUGGGCUUCCUGGCAGCCGCAACAUCGAUGGCUUUGCAUUUCCUGAAUGUGGCUCUUAAUGACUGAUAGUUCGCGCAAGUAUAACUUGUUUUGGCGUUUCUGCAAGCUGUGGAGGCUCUUGACUUUGAUCCUUAUUCGUACCGUUUGGUGACAUGCUGUGGGUUUUCUUUCGCAGGGGAUCAGAUCCUUCUUUGACAUUCCAUGAGCUGUGUGUGGGCCGGGACCAUGCAUAGCCCAUGCAUUUGAUGCGAGCUGUUUCGCUGCAGCUUUUUUUUCUUUCAGUUGGCAAAUAUGCAAACUUGCAUGCAUAUAUGAAAGAUAAGUCUUUUGCAUGUAUUGUAUGCAGGGUCCACAAUCAAGCAAGGCUAACCUUUGAUGACAUGGCUGACCUAUACACUGGCUACAUGCCAGGGGCGUUCUGUAUGCUUGGUAAAAUAAAUGGUGCACUUGAUUCUAUGGUAAAGUAAAACAUUCGUAUUUGUUUACGAAGUAUUCGACUACAUUUAAGAGGCCUCUCACUAGGCUUGGGCAUUUUGCAGAGUAGCCUGGCGCACUUACUACACACAGAAUGUGUAUUUCCGAAGUAUGUAAAUGCAGCACAGCUCGAAAAGAGCUGAGAUUGCUGUGAAGGCCGUCCAGCCACCUUUUAAUGCUGAAUCGCGGUCAUUGUCUUAAACUUUUCUAUGUAAGACUCAGUGACGACGAUAGCGCUUGUUAUGGUACAUGGCUGUGAUAAAUAGUCCAAUGUAGCGCAGAAAAUCUGUACACUUAGGUGUCUUGUGCACAAAAACCAAAAUUUAAAAAAUUCUCGCGCAACUCGUGUCACAGUAACUGCCUACAUUAACGUGUUUAAUAAGUUGAAAAAUGUUUAGCUUGCGAAGUGCAUUCAAAGUAAAUAGUGUCAGUGCUAACUCUAAUGCUGUGGUUCUAGCAGCAUGGCAAAUCUGCAUUUCAAUUUAUCCCAAUCUCCCCAAUCAUCGAUCCUAAACAAGAUUAAAGCGCAGAAGACAAAGGCUUGAAGCGUCGAAACCUUUGCUCCAGCAACAUUCCUUGUAUAAUGACUUCUGGUCAUUUUAAUUAUGAACGGAGUUGAAAAAUUAUUGUGGUGAAAUGCUUCCUAGAUUUCUUUCAGGUUCGUUCAGAGUGUUUGUUCAAAUUUCUUCGGAUUGUUUAAAAAUGUAGUAUUUUGAAAAAGCUGCACAGUAGGAAACUUUCGUUUGCUCAGGCCUUUCAUUGACAUUUUUAGCAGUGUUAUUCAUGGUAGUCUGUACUCAUGGGCAACUUUCUCAAAGCAAACUAGUUAUUCUUGCGCGCCUAGGACAUGCCUUUUCUGUUGAUAGCAAGCCGCGUGUAGUUGCUGCAAGCUGUUGAAAAUGAGCUCUGAACUACAUGCGGGAUGAUGACCUUUCGUGCAGCGUGACAGUAUGCUUUUCCUAGUCUGUAUGUGCCUCCUAAAUUGGGCCUCUUGGCAAGCUAUGUGAAAAGGGCAUGACUUCUACUAUUCUCUGGCUGGCCAUUGUCCAUUCAAAGCUACUCUUUCGUCCAAAUGAAAUGCUGUAUGUGCCUUGUUUUCUCAGUGCUAGAAUAAAGUCUACAACUUUCCUUA